GUUUUCCCAAAACAAGAUUGAAAAUUACGGUUUCCUGUCAAAACCGCAAAAUUAUGUUUUCCCAUCAAAAUUUUGAAAUUACAUUUUAAGUAUAUUUUGAAAUUACGUUUUCCAUAGAACACUUUUAUUACAGUAAACUAAAUUUUUGUCAAAAUCAUAUAAGUAUAUUUUUAAGAAACCCAUGGACACCCAUUGUUCAUUUGGUCUUUACCUAGUUGGACCAUGAACCAAUUGGUCUAUUGUCCAGUUAACUCAUUUAUUAAUUGGGUGUGUCCAUAACCCACCCAAAAUAAAUUGAACUGGGCUAGCCCAUGGACAGCCCACCCAGUUGACACCUCUACAAACUGAUGACUGUAAUUGGUUAUCAUAAAAUGAAAUUAGUUUAAUAAAAAGAAAUGUUAAGAGGAAUGGAAUAUGAAUAAAAUUGAAAUAAAUUUCAUUUGUUCAUGAUAAAAUUUGUAAUGGAAUGGUUUUCUUUGAAUUAUUAUUUUUGUGGAAUUGAUGGAAUGAGCAUUUCAAUGCAUUCAUUAUAAAUGGAAAUUUUUUUUAUGGAAUCUUUGAUCCAAAAUAGUGUAUCGAAUGAAUGGAAUAAAACAUUUCACAUUAUUUCAUUCUGAAAAUUGAAAAUUCAAUUACAGCCAAAAUAUUUUAAAUACCGUAUACAUCAGUUAUAACAGUCAACCAGAUAUAUCGAUAAACCAAUCGAUUAACAUAUAAUAAUAUAGCUAUUUUGUAUACUACACAAUUUUGAUUUGAUUAUUUUAUUGUUAAAUGUACUAUUAAAACAAAAAUUUCUGGUUUUGUUAAUUUUAAAUAAAAUAUUUUAUUGAUACACCUAUUUUAUCGAUUUUACUAAAUGAUAAUAUUCUAUUUUUGUUUGUUGAUCGAAAAAAAUCUAUUUUAGUUUUGUAGAGAAACAAUUUAGUGAUUUUUUUACUUUUUAUGUCAUAUAAAACCCGUUAAGUAAUUUUUGAUUAUGAUUUUCCGAUAUAACUUGUAGUUAUGACUUACAUAGAAAAUAAAGUGUGUUGUAUUUGCGUCAUUUUAAUAAGGGUAUUAGCACAAAUAUUUAAGAUUUGCGGAAUAUACUUAAGAUAUCACUUGAAAAUUUCAUCUAAAGUGAGUUAAAUAAUCUAAAUCUGCCAUUAAAUUAAGCCAACCUAUGUGUUUUACAAUCGUCUUAAGUAAAUCCGCACACUCCCUCCGAUUCAAAGAUGACCUUUUACUUUUUUUUACCAACAAUAUAGCUUUUAUAUUUAUAGUUUGAUUAAAAAAAUUUGACCAUCUCCGAUCCAAUACUAAAACUCUAUAUUAGUGUGAUUUUGACACAAAAACCUUCACUAUACCAACACUAAAAAAAAUAUCAUUUUAGUAUAAUACUAUAAUUUCACAUCAAAUUUGGUGUAACACUAUUCACCACACUAAAACACUAUUUACUCCAAUAAAACACUAUUUACUUAUUUUAUUAAUAAAAUAAACAAUUAAAUAAAUGACAAAUAAACAUAAAUAUAUAUAAUACUAUAAAAUAAUUUUUAGUGUAAAAUUUAGUGUUGUGAUUGGAGAAUAACUUUUUUAGUGCUGAAACUACACUAAAAUGACUUUUUACUUAUUAUCAAUAAUAUAGCUUUUGUAUUUAUAAUUUGAUUAAAAAUAUUAUAUUUAUAAUUUUGAGCAUUUAAACAAAAAAUCUUCUACAUUUUUUCCGACUAAAAUUUCAUUACUUAUAUCAAAUUAACUUUUGGCUCAAAAAAAAUAUCAAAUUAACAAAAUUAAAGUCAUAAAGAAUAAUGGAGCGUAAAUUAUUACACAAACAGAUAGAUACAUGACUCAUAUGCUAGAAAAAGGUAUUAAAAUCUUCUCCAUGUUGACGAAUCUUCAGCUUCUAAAUGAGACCCAAACUAAGACAGAGAUCAUUGGAAUGUGGACCAAACCAAAACUGGCAAGAAAUCCAAAUGACCAGUAUAAAACCCUAUCUGAGAGCACCCAGGCCUAAUCAUCUCAACAACAUUCAGUAACAAAGAUCUUCCCCCACUUUCGACAAUGCCUCCUCCCCCGAGAAACCCCGACCACCGUUCCCCGAAGAGGCCACGGUUCCCUCUUUCUCCUCCCGUCCCUGAAGAGGAGGAAGAAGAAGAAGACGACGAGUUCAGCGACGUUAGUGCCAAUGACGUGGAAGAUCGCAGCGACGAAAGUGCCGAUGACGAAGAAGACGACGUCGAAGUAGUCGCUGUCGUUACGGUAGCGGAGGCUCAGUCGAGAGGAUACCUUGGCAGCAGCAGCAGCAUCCCUAGCUCCCCCGUUAAGCUGAACAGCACUGAGAUUCUCGACUGUCCCACUUGCUUAGAGCCACUCAGGGGCCCCAUCUAUCAGUGUCAUAAUGGGCAUAUAACUUGUUCUCCGUGCCUCCCCAGAGUCUAUAAGCACUGCCCUGUCUGUAGGAUGCCCAUCGGUGACAUCAGAUGCAGAGCCAUGGAGAUGGUCAUUGAAUCAUCUGCUGUCCCCUGUCGUUACGCCAUGUACGGGUGUAAAGAAACCACGUUGUAUGGGGACCAAGCACAUGAGAAGGUGUGUCUAUACACCCGUUGCCAGUGCCCCGUAACGAACUGCAACUACGCCGGCGGCUACAAGGAGGUUGAGGCCCACGCUCGUCUUCUGCACUCUUGGGACGUGGAAGACCUCACCCCGUUCGUGUUCAACACCCCUCAGAUAUUUAGCAUCAACCUCGCUAGGACCAGUAGGGCAGUUUUUCAGGAAGAGAAGGAGGGCGAUAUGAUUGUGGUCCAGACUUUCAAAAGGACUAACGCUGGUCUUUGUGUGACCGUGAACCAUAUCGCGCCUUUGUCUCUUGGAUUGCCCAACCUCUCGUGCAGUAUAGCUAAGCUCAAUUCGUUUACGACGCUAAGGCUUGGGGUGAUGGUGAAGAGAAUCCAGAAUGUGAGAGAGCAGGAAGAACCCAGUGAGGACUUCUUGUUUAUUCCGGAUUAUAUGUUGAUUGAUAAUCACUUGAAGAUGCAGAUUUGCGUCGGAAGUGAAUUUAAGUAUGUUCAUAUCUGAGGAAGAUGUGAUGAUGAUUGCUCAUCUUGAAGAUGCAGAUUUGCUGGCAUGUGAUUUGCGCAACUCUUUUGACCUUAGUGUUUUAUUGCUUAUGAUUGUAGUGUUAAGCAAUGCUGUUUUAAUGUUAUACAUGGCCCUAGGCCAAUUUAAAAAUUAUGUCUUUUAUAUAAAAUUUAUCUAAUAUUAUAAACCAAUUAAAAUGCAAAAAUAAUUUAAAACUUCAUAAAAGUACUCUAAAAAGAAAGAUGAAUGAAAUGGUAUUUAUUUAUUUUAUAAAAAACUUAAAAUUUCAUUAACAAUAAAAUACACUCAACUGUUUAUAAGAACUAGUAAAUUUAAAACACUAAAAAUAUAGUUUUCUUACAUUUUUUCCUAUAAACCGUUCAAAAAUUCCGUAUUAUCAAAUAUUUUAAUCACAUUCAUUGAAAAAAAACUUUGUAAAACUUCAUGUGUGUUUUGAUAAUAUUAUUUUUUGAAAAAAACUAAGUAUUUCAAUAGGAUUUUUAACUUCUUAUGGUAUCAGAAAAUCUUAGUUCUAUAAAAAAAAUCAUCACCAAUUAUUAAUAAAUGUAUACUUUUGUUUUAAAAAUUAUAAAAUUUCAAACAUGAUUCUCUUAGGGCAUUAUAACUAAAAUUGCCUAAUAAAUAUUCUUCUAACUAUAAAGCUAUCAAUUUUAUUUAUCUUAUACAUUAAUAAAAAACAAACUAAAAUGUGUCGUUAAACUAGAUGCCCUAAUGGCCUAAUCAAUGGUUUGGGUGGCUUGCCCUCUGGAUCAGCCUUGAUGUUGAUGACCAUUUGUAAUGUUGGUUUAGAUGUGGGUUGGAGUUGGGGGUAGCAGAGCAAAACAGUGUUCCAUGCAGAAGCGCCAAACAUUGUUGCGCCGAGAAGUAGGGAUGUUAAAUCAAGAGUUUGAGCCUCUUUAAGACCUGGAAUUUGUAUACAAAUGGGUUAAACUAUGGUUAGCCCAACUUUUAAUGUGUUCUCUUUUGAUAUUCUGUUAAUGUUUUCUAAAAUAAGAAAGUUAUAUAAAUUUAUGUUUAAGUUGAUAAUUUAAUUUGCUUAGAUGAUAUAACUUGCAAGUGAAAAUCUGUUAACGUCAGAAUCACACGUAACAUAAAAUAUGUUGCAAGGAAAUAACAGAUUCAUAACCAAACUUAUAAAAACUGAGAUAAAAGAAACUAGAUGCAAGGAUCGCACACUAAAUAUAUGAUAAUCAAUAAAGAUUACAUAUUCCAUAGUAACGUCAUAUUCUUGAAACCAGGGAGGUCCUCCAACAUUAAACAAAGAUCCAAUGUGCACAUUACAGAUUUUUCAAAAGUGAAAGGAUCCAGCUUAUCAUAAGCUACCUCAAGCAUCUGCAACUUGAACCUCAACUGAUGUACACCAUUUAGAAGUAGGGCGUCUAUUACGUACCGGUUGAUUUGUUGAGGUUGUCUAGCUCGUGGAGCUCGACUAGCUUGCUGAGCUCCAAUUUGUGUUGAUUGGAUAGGUAGAGUGACGUCACUAAGAGCUUGUUCUUGACUUUCGAUGUCAUUAUUUAUUCGAAUUCAAACCAUUUUAACCUAAUCUACGAAAUUCAUUUAUUUAUUUUAUUUGUUAAUCCAUAUGUAUCCAAUUUUUCUAUCCAUUGUAUGGAUUGUAUAUAACUAAUGCAUUUACUUUUAUCCAUUUUGACAUUCCUUUCUUUAAUCAUUUAAAAAACUUAGCUGCUAUAGGUUUAUGUUUGUGCAAUUUUUUUUGUCAACUGUGCAAUUAUAUUUUAUGUAUUAUUUAUAUGAGAUUAAUAAAUGCCCUUAAUUCUUUUCUUCCUUACCGAGGCACGUCCCUGCUUGUUGACACAAAUGUGUGUUAGCCCUUUGUUUUGCGUAGAUGAUACAGAUAAAUGUAAUAAUUCAAACAUCAACCAUGUAUUUGUUAAGUUGUAGGAUAUGGAGAAUACAAACGCAACAAGACAACGAUAAAAGAGAAAAACAAGAAACAAUUUUGGAUAUUAAAAAAAAAAGGACAAGAGACAACACA